GUUUGCUCCUGGCUAGCCGGCUUAUUGUUAGUAUUUUGGUGCAUGAAAGUUGUUAAAAUGUUAAUCAACCCAAAUAUCAAAUGGUUAUGUGCACGUACUGUAUUUACAUACACACGUCGUCGCUUGUAUGCAAAUGCUGCACUAGAAAUUUCUAUGUUAGUUUGAUCAAAAAGUUCUGUGUGCAGAAAUAUCGACAUCAAACUCGCUGCUGCUUUUCAUUUAUAGUAGAUAUUUCUGGCUAGAGUGCAGUUUCUUGGAGUCAAUUUUUGUUGAAAAAACAUUUCAGAAAUGUCGGAAAUAACCGGUCGACUUGCUACCCUCGUGGAAGCGUUUAGAUCAAGUGAAUCGAUCUCCUGGAAGAUGAAAGAGAUACAAAAAUUUGUCCUAGAAAUUCAACUCCUCUCCAUCGAAGAGUACGAAUUGGACGAUCUUCUAGAGACCCUCGACCUCGGCGAUUUUUCAUCGGCACGACUUAAACUCGAACUCGCCAACAGAUUACAUCGUCCUCUCCUCAUUCUCGAGCUGUUAAAAGCUGAAGAUAAACUCUUGGUCGGAUUAGCUCUUAAAUUGAAAUGGAUGUUUCAGAUGACCUACGAUUCGCCCCUUACUAAACCAAAGACUCUGGUUAAAAUCGUACUACCCACCGUGUCAUACCGGACAAGAAGACAAAUUAUAAAAAACCUCACAUCGCACCUUAAAGAUGAAGACAAAUGCGGGCAGAUUUUCCGCUUGGUGCGUGAAAAAUUUGGAGACUACGCAGCCCUCCCAUUACUACCUGCCUGUUCUGUAGCGACACUACGUAAAAUUUUCAUAAAUGAGGCACAAAGUGGCAAAUACUUUGCUUCAAAGCUCAGAAAACGACAACUCCUCAAAAUUGCAGAGAAAGACGGGGAUCUCGCCUUUGAGAUUUUAUCACAAGUUUUAAGAUUUCUAAAAGCCUGUUCCUCAAGUGCCGGAAACAAUUUAAAUUGUAAACGUCCUCCAAUCCUAUUGUUGCAGGAGUGUAAAGCGACUUUGGAAUAUUUGUGCAUAACUGCUCCCGAGAAAUGUGUAGAGUUUUUCGAGACUUGGAGAAAUGUCGAGUGGAUUGAAUAUUUCUCUCCAACGGCACGUACAACGAAAGCCCUUCUCUCAAAUCUCAAUAGCAAGAAAAGACUCGUGCUGAAUGGGCAGGCACAAAUAUUUGAACCUUUUUUGCUGGAUCCUUUCACAGUGAAUCAAUUACUUUCUCGAGAGGAAUUUACACAACUUUUGGAGAAUCUACUUCCAGAGACGAUAGAAGAGUUUGUCACUGUUGCACCAGAUUUUGAAAUGAGAUGGAUUAAUAUUUUACCCGAUAAGGAGAGUCGCUGGAUGAUUUAUAAUGAUGCUUUCACCAACAAAUAUGGAAAGUCUAUGCAAAAUUUUCCAGAAUACGUGAUAAACAUGAGUUCUGUAAUGAAGGCAAAUAUACCCGUGGAAAUCAGGCAAGAGCUGAGCAAAUCGGUGUUUCAGUGUUUAAACGGGAAUGGAGAAAGUUAUUCGGAACAAGUUCAUGCAGAUUUACUUUGGACCAUGGGCCAACAAAAUUUUGAAGCACCCAUGACCAGCAAUAAAUUGGAUAGAUUAUUCACGAAUGAGCCCAUUAUUUUGAAGUCAUCAAUUAAAUCAUGUUUUGCCACAGAAGAUAUUACAUUAAUCCAAAUUGCAAACUAUCUUAAGCAAAAUAAUGUACCGAAAUUAAGAAAUAUUUUCUUAUUUGAAGUAACUAAUCAUUUGGAUAAAAAGUCUUCAAUGAUUCGCAGUUGGAAGAAAGUCACAAUUGAGAAUAAGACACGCUUAUUAGAAAUUCUUGAAAAAUUACUGUUGCAAAGUCAACCUUCAGACAAAGCUACGUAUUUAUGGAGUGUCAUCAUUGGCAUAAAAUUAUCAAUGAAUAUCGAAAUUAAUGAAGAAACUCAGAAAUAUAUGUGUGAGAGAUUACUGUAUAAAACUACAGAAAUGGAUUUGUUUUUUGGUGGAAAACUUCCAAAUAUUUUAAAAUCGUACGAAAAUUACGAAAAAUUCUUAAUAUUACACGACUCCAUGCUAGAAAAAGUGUUCCCACUUGAUGUUCCCAUCGAACAAUUCAAUCCUCACGUGAUCCACGAAGCGUUGUUAUUUAUUACGCAAAGUUUCAAGGAAUUAAAGCACCGUAGGAAAAAGUGGACGAGAAAGCACUUUUCUCUAUCAACAUAUCCCUGGACACAGUCACGACUUAUCGAAUUUCUAGUGGAUUAUCCACAGUCUCUUAAUUUCGACGAUAUUUCUCACAUUCCAAACAUUUCUGAACUGUUAUCUGCAAAUAUCAACACGCUGAAAAUUUCAGUCUCGCCAAGGUUAAUGAACUUUCUCUUGCUCACACUCCCAGAAAAUUUGGACGACCAAUUUAUUGAAUACGUUAUCGACCAAAUUUUAAUUACUUGCGAUUUAAAACCGUAUAAUAGAUUUUUAUGGUCACUAAAAACACUAGGCUUUUCCAAGUACUCUGCAAUAAUUGUGGAAACAUGUCUCGAAACGGCACAAGACGACUCAAAAGAGGAUCAAGUAAGAUGCAAUGCGAUCACAAUACUUUCCAUUUUAUGGGAACCUGCCAACUUUGCAAACUCACUGUCUCUAUUUUAUCCGGAUUCAUCAAAAAUUCAACAAGUUUUCUACGACGUAAACAGUCAAGAAGAGUUCCAGUGUAAAUUCUUCGUUCGAAACGUGGUGCUUCAGAGUAUAAAAAACGUCGUACUUCCGACAAAAUGCAUUUCUGUUUUAAACAACUUUUUCAUCGGAGACUUUGCAAUUUUCUGCAUGGACUCACUUUCCUCGACGUGUCGAAACAUUUCACAAAUUGAGGCAGUGAAAUUGGUCAAGGAGAACUUUCUCCACGCGGAUAAUGUUAGCGUGAAACGGAAAGUCGUCUCUCUUUUGCUGGACAUUUCCCAACUGGAUGAAGUACACGAGGUCCUUUUGUACUUGUGGGAUAAUGAGGUUCACCCAAAAAUUAGAGAGUUUGUAGUGAAGAAAGUUAUCGAGUUUAUUUGCAACGUGGAAUUUGACCUGGGUCAAAAUAUGUUCAAGUUAUUUGUCCCCAUAAUUAAAGAGUUUGCGGAGGAAGAUGUCCCCAGAAUGGGGAACGAUGACACUCUGUUUUUGACGGAUUACACUUAUUUGAGCCGAAUGAGUAAGCCGACGCUACUUUGGUACUUGCAAACCCUGUAUUUCGCACCGGAGAAAGUUCCCGUCUCAUCCAUGACGGCUGGAGAAAGGAGAGAUUUCCUCAAACUGAUGCUAGUUUUGGGGUUGGUUCAUAAUAAUUUGUACAGAUUUCCAUCCAUUUUAGUCUCGAGUGUGGUUGACAAUAAUUUAGCGAAUGGCGAGGAUGCUGAAAUUAAUGAGAUGGAGAUUAAGCUCAUGGUUGGAGAAAGUGAUAAUACAUAUACUGUUCUCGUCAAAUGGGUUAUGAAACUUAAGCAAAAAUGGGAUUUAAACGACUUGAACAAGCUUUCACUUCGCACCUAUGUCUGGGAACGAUGCAAGUUUUGUAUAAGCAACAAGGGGACAUGUAAUUCCACUACAAAUGUGGUGAACCAAUUGGAAAGUUUUCAAAAACUACUGGAAACUCAGUUUGAUGCAGCCGAAACAUUUACGGAACGAAUUAUUCUCCAAUUUACUAUAAUGACAUUGGUCAUCCUGGAAGAAAAUGGAGGAGUGCAAGACUUUACAGAAAUGGGGAAACGGGUUGGAAAUAAUUUAAAUAUAACGAUUAAGGAAUGUGGGAUGGGAAUUGUAUGGUUGUAUUCCAAAAUUUUGAAAAAGUUUUUUCAAAUUUGUGAAAUCAAUCAACAAGCCUCAUCACUAUUAGACUUUUUAGUAGGAGUUUUACACGGAGAAAGUCAAGCUGAAGAAUGUGUGAUCCUCGCAGCCAUUCUGCUACCCAAGACUCGACCCAAGACACAAAUACUCAUGACGAAAUAUGACAAUGUUAAGGAAAAGUUGAAAUCAUGCCCUACUGUAGCAGUAAAAGUAGUUUUGUCAAAUUCAAAUAUUUUUUAAAUAGUCAUAAUUCAGCUUAAUUCUAACACCACUAAUGAUGAUGAGUAUGUAUAUCUUGUACUAGUAAUAUGUGUGAUAAUGCUAUAAUGCUAUGGGUCAAGGGCCAGAGUGGGUAUCUAAAAUCAAUCAAUCAGUCAAUCAAUUCAAUUUAAUUCAAGUCUCAUUUUUUUCGGGUAAAAACAAAAUAACAUAACAAUAUACAUACAGUGACUUAAGUAUGUAUAACAAAACGGACUAACAGUAAAAAUAACUAUGCUAUGUAAUCUCAAAUGAUAUCUACUAAUAAAUAACUAAAUAUUGA